AUGAUGGCGGUGGACGACAUGUAUGGAGACGUGCCGAUGAUCGAGAGGGACCGUUACUGGAACGACUCCAAUCCCCGGCCCCCCUACACGGCAGCCACCCUCUUCGUUCUCCGUAAACCCUCUUUUCAAGGGUCCACGUUCGACAUGGCGAUCCCGAAGGAGGAGAUGCACUUCCAGCCUCUGGAGGACAUCGCUGAGAACAUGGAGGAGUCGGGCUCCCACCACCCCAACAUGGCGCUGUUCAACCGCCUGCUGAACGCCGCCCCCUCCCCGUCGGGCUUCAUGGGGGGGGCCCUCCGCCGGACCUCCGCGCAGCUGCAGAGGCUGUACCACUCCCCCAGCAUCGACCGUUGCCCUAGCGACGAGGAGGAGGAGGAGGAGGAGGGCUGCAAGGUGGGAAAAGGCGGGUCCCUGCCCUCGGGUCUGGGCCAAGACACGCAGAGCACCGUCUGCAGUUUCCGGGACGAAAGGAGCCCCAAGACCCCCAAAACCCCCCUGCUGGAGAUCCGGUUCUCAGAGGAACCGGACGGGAACCGAAACCCCCCCGAGAUCCAGACCCGCGGGGAGAGCAUGCUCUUUCACUACGACAUGAUCAGCGUGCCCCUGGUCUACACCCAGGUGGUGACGUUGGCGGUGUACAGCUUCUUCCUGGUGUGCCUGAUUGGCCGGCAGUUCCUGGACCCCCGCCAGGGUUACCCCGGCCACGACCUGGACCUCUACGUGCCCAUCUUCACCCUGCUGCAGUUCUUCUUCUACGCCGGCUGGCUGAAGGUGGCAGAGGAGGGAGAGGUGUCCAACAGCGCCCCCUAG